CAAUUGUUCAGUUUCUUAAAAGUUAGUGCAAAAAUAGGAGAAAUGAUGGCUCGAUUAAGCUACGUCGUGACGAUCAUCAGUGUAACACUGAUGUGCGUUUUAGCGGAAGAACUGUACUCCGAUAAAUAUGACAACAUUGACCCCAUAAGUAUCCUUCAAAAUGACAAAUUACGAGAAGAAUAUUACAAUUGUUACAUGGAAAAGGACCCAUGCCCGACAGAAGACGCGAAAUUCGUUCAAGACGAUCAGAGCGAAGUUAUCCAAACUGAUUGUAAAAAAUGUACUGAAAAACAAAAAGAAAUGUAUAAUGAGAUGAAGGAUUGGUUAAUAAAAAAUAAACCUGAACAAUGGGAAGCUCUUGUCGCAAAAUCUGCUGAGGAUAUGAAAAAGAAGAAUGCUGGUUUAUUUCUCUCACGAAUUAGUGUGAAAAUAAGAGAAGAUAUGGCUCGAUUAAGCUACGUCGUGACGAUCAUCAGUGUAACACUGAUGUGCGUUUUAGCGGAAGAACUGUACUCCGAUAAAUAUGACAACAUUGACCCCAUAAGUAUCCUUCAAAACGAUAAAUUACGAGAUGAAUACUACAAUUGUUUAUUGGAAAAGGCGCCAUGCCCGACAGAAAAUGCGAAGUUCUUUCAAGGAAUUUUGAGCGAAUCUAUCCAAACCAAAUGUAAGAAAUGUACUCAAAAACAAAAGGAACUACUGCUUACGAUGAAGAAUUGGUAUGUACAAAAUAAACCUGAACAAUGGGAAGCUCUAAUUGCAAAGUCUGUCGAGGAUAUGAAAAAAAAGAACGCUGGUAGAUAAUUGCUGACAUAAUUAACAAGGAGAAUACG